AUGGCGCGCCCCGGGAGAAUCUCAGGCGGGAGCGGGCGCCAAGCCUCGGGGUCGCUGCAGCCCGCCGCCGCUUCGAAUCUCGGCGCCCUCCGCGUCUCCGGCUCUGCGCAGCGGCAGGCCAUGGUGCGGCGUCUGGAGGUGGAGGCCGAGAACCACUACUGGCUGAGCGCGCCUUACAUGACGGCCGAGCAGGAGCGGGGCCACGCCGCGGAGCGAAGGGCGCGGGCCUUCGAGGCCCUGAAAGCCGCCUGCGCCGCCCGCUUCCCCCCGCACCGGCUCGUGGAGCCCCAGCUGCGGCACCUGGAGAUCACCCGGAAGUGGACCUGAAGGUCGCCCCUCGGGCCCCUGCCGGACGGCCACGGCUCCUUCCGGCACCCAGUGCCGGAGAGCUGGCCUGUGCCAUCGCCCGGACCUGUGCCCUCGGCAACACAAGCAAUCAGCACCCCACGCGGUGGGUCGAGACCCUUUCGUCUUUGAGGAGCGCGCCUGGAGUCAUAGCCGGCUCUGAGGCGUGGGCUGAGUUGCUGUGUGUGUGAUACGGAAAUAUUGUGAACCGUUUAACAGAAGCUUGCAAAAUGACAAAAGAAAAAUAAAACAACUCAACCCCGUUACCCUA